AUGCAGCGUCGACGCGGUCGCGGCAGGCGGAAGGGCAGGCGUACCACAGCAGCCGUAACUGAAGACCAUGAGCUAAAAAAUGCAACAACAACGGAUGUGCCAAUAGCUCGCAGAGUGGCCGGUUGGGACACGCAGCAGUUGAAGAGAAGGAAGAAGAAGAAGAAGAGCCCGCAUAUCAAUUAUGAUACUUAUGAACCGCCGUCUAAGGAUUUCGAGUCUUCCUUCGUAGAGAUGCCAAAAGAUUUGUACCAAGCCCACCUCAGACCCGGAGUUAUCUUUAGAAUACACAUGUCCGAAGCAAUUCUUAAAAUGCAAUACAGGAAUUACGGUGAGGACAAAGACGAAUCGGUGAUAGAAGCUGACGUGGAAUACCUCCGACUCACCAGGAAAGUGAUCAACGAUGAGAUCACCAAGUUUGAAGACCUCAAGUGGCUGAUAAGCUGGUUUAAUAACCGUAGCGAGUUGAUACAGGAACAUACUUGUAACACAAGAUAUUAUGCUGUUGGUAUUCCACCAACAAUGUUCACGCACUCCGAAGAAUACAUGAAACGCAUGUGCCUCUUUGACAACGUGUAUAUCGACCAUAUACCGUACGUUAUUGGCGAGGAUGGCUCCUUGCUAGCUAGUGUCGCGCCGCCCGUAUUGCACUGUGAUGCUGCUACAUGUACUUCGGUACCGUUUAUAGACAGCUUGAUGUUCGACGAGCGUUUCGCGCGAACCAACGUUCGUACCGUGACGCGCUGUCAGGCGAGCUGCCGCGCGCACUGUCGUAACGACGCCGACUGCUUGAAGCGCUGCUCCGACCGCUGCAUGCGAGCUGACUGACCAUAAACAUAAUGUUCUUCACGAGUUUCUGGCGAUAGUACGAACUUGGCUACCGUCCAUUGCUACGUAGUAUUAGUAUACAUAUUAUUUAGUAGAUGUCUUUGGCUUACGUAGUAUUUGUACAGCGCCGUUGCCGGCAAAUAUGGCUUAGUAGUUGUAGGACAGCAGCAAAGUUCAUACUAUCGAGAGAUGCAUGUUCUUCUUCUUUUUGUCUUUGGCCUCUAUUUCCUGGACAGAUAAUAUAGAAUGUUUUAUAGAUGGAAUUUUUUUUAAUUUUCGAGUGGUAAUAUUUAAAUAUUUCGAUGGAAUCAAGGAAUAAAUGAUUAAAACUAAAA